UGCAGUGAAUUGAAGUGGGAGAACGAGAGAAACAUUAACAGCAGGAGACGGCGGGAGGAUGAAGAGAGAGAGAGAGAGCGAGGGAGGCAGUAAGAGCUCCGGCAGAGAUGUGAGUAUUUAUAGGUGGAGAGAUGAGGAGAUAGAACAACAGGAAAGGGCGGAGGAGAGAGAGAGAGAGAGAGAGAGAGAGAGAGGACAAUCCAGACACAAUAAGGAGAAAAGGAAGACAAAGAGAGGAGAGUGAGAGACCAUGCUGAGGAGGAAGAGGAGCGUGUCGUUUGGAGGCUUCGGAUGGAUCGAUAAGUCCACGGUCAGCGCGCUGAGAGCUCGCAAACAGGAGCUCCUGACCACCUCCAAUGUCCCUGUGGCAGACUGCCCGCCCUCUCCACCCCACACCGCACCCCCCACCACGAAGUCAGCUCAUUUCUUUGACCUGAUGGACAAGAUGGAGGGCGAUUACAUCCCCUACCCGAGGAUUGAGGAGGUGCUGGAGAGGGGGGGUCCGUACCCUCAGGUCAUCCUGCCGGAGUUUGGAGGUUACUGGAUUGAGGAUCCCGAGGCUCCUGCUCCCACCUCCCUAGAGCGCAGAGGGGAGGAGGAGGGGGGAGGAGCAUUGGGAGGAAGAGAGGAGGAAGACAACCCCCCAGGGGAUUAUGGGUACCACCUGGAGAUGAUCAACGAGGCUGCACGGGCAUACAGGAAGUACUUCUUGGGCAGGGAGCAUCUGAACUUCUCCUGUUCAGCUAGUGGUCUGGGAAACCUGCUGCUGUCAGUGAAGCACGAGGAGGAGCGGGAUCGGGAGCACCUCCACGUCAUCAUCAGGUCUCGGAUGAAGAGUGUGUACCACAGGCUAUCGCUGACGGAGCUGCCUGACAUCCCCAGUGUACCAGAGCUGGCCAAGUUAGUUUGUGUUGCUGGUUUGUUUUUUACUGUCCUCUACCCAAAGGCAUCUCAGCUGAUAGUUGCCUAUGACGAGCACGAGGUCAACAACACCUUCAAGUUUGGAGUCAUUUACCAGAGAUUUGGACAGGUAUCUGAGGAGGAGCUGUUCAGGAACAACGAGGAGACGCCAGCCUUCACAGAGUUCCUGCAGCUGCUGGGGGACACGGUGGAGCUGCAGGACUUCAAAGGGUUUCGGGGGGGUCUGGAUGUGUCCCACGGUCAGACGGGGUCCCAGUCCAUCUACACCAUCCACAGACAGCAGGAGAUCAUGUUCCAUGUCUCCACCAAACUGCCCUUCACACAGGGAGACACACAGCAGCUUCAGAGGAAACGUCACAUAGGAAACGACAUCGUGGGGGUGGUGUUUCAAGAGGAGGCCACGCCGUUUGUCCCAGACAUGAUUGCCUCCAACUUCCUGCAUGCCUUCAUCCUGGUGCAGGUGGAGGAGCCCUGCUCUGACAACACCACCUACAAGGUAUCUGUCACAGCACGAGAAGACGUGCCCCCAUUUGGCCCGCCCCUCCCAAAGCCAUCCGUCUUCAAGAAGGGUCCAGAGUUCAGAGAGUUUCUGCUCACUAAACUUAUCAACGCAGAGUUGGCCUGCUACAAGAGCGACCGCUUCGCCCGACUAGAGGAGCGCACCCGGGCCGCCCUUCUGGACAGCCUCCAUGAUGAGUUGCAGAGACGCUCCCAGAGCAUGCUGGGAUUGACAUCAGGUCCAGAGGAGGAGGGUCGAGCUGAGAACGGACACGCCCACGGAGGCCUGCUGGAGUCCAUCAAGAGGGCAAUGCGAGGGCGAAGCGUCUCCAUGGAGACCGUGUCACGGAGUGGGACGGGCCUACCCACCAGUCUGAGUGGGGGGGGUCUGGCACACAUCAGUGCCGAGUGUAAUGUGAAAUCACCUGUGAAACGGCGUUCCGGACUUUUCCCUCGUCUGCUGAGUGUCGACAGCCAAACAGAAAAGCAUAGCCAUAGAAGUCUCCUCAGUGAGCAGAGGAGCCUCGACAGCUGCCAGCCGACACUGGAGGUGAGGUCAGAGCUGCCGUCCAAUCCCAGCUCUCCAGAGGCGGGCCAAUGGGAAAGGAUCCACAUGAAGAAGGACAGCAGUAAAAUUUCCAGAUCGACAUCCAGCACCUGCAGCUUCAGUGUCCCUACUGAUGACGUGCACCUGCUCACUCAGACUGUAACAGUGGAGGGUCAGAGUUCAAGCCCGCUCACCGUCUGCCGCAGCCCCACAGAGAUGAAAAAUAGAAACUCUCCCAGAUCCAGCCUGAAGUUUCGUUUAGACAAACUGAGCCACUCUGCUGCACAGGGACCCUAGACUGUGAGACCAGCAGCAGGAGUUUUUAGAAGAACAGCAAGGAGGUUCAGACUCCCCAUGGACGAGAAGGACUUUAAUCUGACGGCACUGGUGGACUGUCUCACACAGACUCUCAUCUUUAUCUUUCUAUAGCUGGGAGGACAUAAUGCAUUUGCAGGCCCCUAACCUAAACUUGAUUCUGAACCCAGUUCUUAACCCUCAAACAGCCCUCUGAAGGUGUGAGGACUGGCCUAACUGUCCUCACAGCGACAGUUUUGAGCUACAGUCUAUCCACAAAAACCACAGAAAGACAUACACACACAGAGGCUGAAAAGGGAAAACACUUCCUGCUUCACUGCUGCAGAAGUUUCAACUGCUUCUUUUCUGCUCGGAGGGACUCAGACUGUCGACUUAGUCAUUUUCAUUAGAGUCAUGUGUCAAACCUGCAGCAAGAUUCUCUAGAACCAUGAGAAAACAGAAAACACUGUGAAGAGAUUUAGAUUACGUGAACGUCACAUUUAUUAUUGUUAAGUAGCUCAACCGUGAGCUGCACUGAAAAUGGCAGACUAUUUUAAAAAUCUGCAAAAAGAAGAAGCUGCUUUACUGUGAUUGAUGCAAACACUGAGCAGAAACUAACAGGUUGCUGACAGAACACUACAGGAAAUCAACAGAAGACUGACAGGAACACAUCAGGAAACUGACUGGAAACUAGCAGGAAACCAAUGUAUAUUUUGCACUAAAAUGUCAGAAAGCUCUGUGGAUGUUAAAUAAAUAUACAUAUAUAUUAAAUAUGUACAGAUUGAACCAGGACACUAACUGCACUAGGAUUGUCUUAAUUGCACUGAAAGCACAAACUCUAUUCCCCUUGUUGUCGCUUUAAUUUAAUUUCUGUGAUCAGAUUGAUUUCCACAAUAAGAGUUAUGAAUUAUUUUGAAAAGUGAUGAUGAGAGGAGGGACGCAGUGCAAACACAAAAAUGUCUGUUUGUGUUUAUAAUCAGUGUUCUGCAUCAUGAAAUUGAGAUUCUGUGAUUCUGGCAUGAAAACCUGAUGUUAUAAAGUUUGCACCAGAUUUUUGCACUUUGUUUCAGUCUUUGUGGUGUGCAUGGGUCAGCUGUGACAUUUUUGUAAUCCUUGAUAAAAAUUUCCUUGUUCAUUCAAAAAUACCCUGUCAAAGCAAAAAAAAAAAAAAAAAAAGAGUU